AUGGCUGUAAAUCAGACGGAAUUGUCGCAGGUGAUGGCUGCCACUUUGUCACCUGACGUUAAUGUUCGGCGACAGGCCGAGGAGAAACUUACGCAGGCUGAAUCUGCGGGCGGUGUGCUCACAUCCUCGUUGCUGCAAUUAACAGCCAAUGGUAAUGAACAAUUGCCUGUACGACUGGCAAGUAGUGUAUACUUCAAAAACUUCAUCAAAAGGCAUUGGCCGGAAUCUCCUGAUGAGAAUGGUGGGAUCUCGGAGGAAAACCGCAACCUGAUUAAAUCACACCUCGUUGAUCUGAUGCUCUCUGUACCAGCACCCCUCAUGGCUCAGCUUCGGGAGAGCAUUAAAAUUAUCAGCGACUUUGAUUUUCCUGCUGGCUGGCCUACGCUCUUGCCAACCCUCGUACAGCGGCUGACAUGUGGUGAGGACCUCAACGAUGCCCAAUUCGGAGCGUUAGAGACCGCAGCCACUGUGUUUGACAAGUACCGGUAUCUGGUGAGAUCCAACGAGGUUUUGAGGGAAUUGCAGUAUAUUUUGAAGGAGUUUCAGGAGGUCCACUUGGCGCUCUAUAGGAGAAUAAUGCAAGAGAUUUUCUCUCCUGCAUUGAGGGAAGCAAGCCAAGCCACGAAAAGCGUGAAGCUGGCCAAACUCCUCGUUGUCGAGCUUGAGAUCUUCUAUGACCUCAAUGUUGUCGACAUCCCGGAGUAUUACGAAGACAACUCGGCCACUUGGUUCGAGGGAUUUCUGCGCUUGUUAGAAUGGCAGGAUGUGCCGGCUGCCCUCAAAGCACCGGAUGAUGACACUCCCGGUUUAAUCGAGAAACUCAAGGCUCAAGUGUGCAGGAAUGUUGCUCUAUAUGCUGAUAAGUACCAGGAGCAAGUGGAACCGUACAUCUGUGGCGUAGUGAAAUCCGUAUGGACCUUGCUUGUUUCAACGAGUCCUAACGGGAGCAAUGAUCAGCUUGUAUCAGCAGGAAUUAAACUUUUAUCCAGUGCGGCUAGUACUAAAUGGACCAAAAGCCCCUUUGAAGAGGCGAAUUCUCUCCAAGCUAUCUGUGAGCACGUAGUUCUCCCCAACAUCAAGCUCCGAGACUGUGAUGUUGAGGACUUCUUCGACAACCCCACUGAGUAUAUUAGGCGGGAUAUGGAGAGUGCAGAUCAGGAUACUCGACGACGGGCAGCAAUGGAACUGGUGAAAGGGCUCAGCAAGUUGUAUGAGCAGCAGGUGACGGAUAUCCUCGUCCGUUAUGUUCAAAUGCUCCUACAAUCGGUUGGAUCUUCUACGACAGAGGAUGCUUGGAGAGCGAGGGAUGCCUGUGUGUACUUGAUUAUUGCAACUGCGACGAAGGCUCAGACGAGAAGCAAAGGAGUAUCGAUAGUCAACUCAGCUGUCGAUGUAUCCGCCUUCUUCGAGCAGCAGUUGUUGCCCGAGCUCUCUCAAGCAAUACCUUCGGAAAGGGAGGCUAUUUGUGCCGCCUCGUUUAGGUAUAUCGCAGUAUUUCGACAUCACCUUCCUGCCGAGCAACUUAGUCGUGCACUCCCGCUCAUAGCGAACCAUAUUCGAACACCUGUUACUGUACUCCAUACAUACGCUGCGCACUGCUUGACUGUUCUCCUGCUUCUCAAAGGACCUAGUAAACAACACAAAAUACCUCUGGAAUCACUCAAACAGCAUAUACUGCCAACUGUCGAACCCUGUCUUCAAAUACUAGCUGCAGGCGGCAGCCAAUCUGCGUACGAGAUGAAACUUGUCAUGCUCCAUCAGAUACUCCGUGUGGUUGCCGCAAACCCCAGCGAUGCGGUUUUCAACCACUAUCUCUUCGAGGCGAUUGCUUCUAUUGUGCAUACUGUGCUGCAGUUUGCCCCUGCUCAACAUGGUGAGGUCGAAUCGGCGUUGCUACCCGUCAUCAGCUUCAUCCUGGAACAGAAUGUUGCGGACUUCAUUCCAUACUGUUUCCAAAUACUCGGUUUGCUUCUUGAUUCUGGAGACAGCUCUACCUCCGCAGCAGGACCGCAGAUAUAUGGCGCCUUGUUUGAUCGGUUGCUCACUGAUAGCCUGUGGAGGACCGUCGCUAACGUACCUGGCUUGAUAAGGCUUUUAACCUCGUAUUUCAAAGAGAAUGCGCAGUUCGGGGAACAGAUCACCCGUAACUUGCAGACUAUUCUCCUCCGAUUCCAAUAUGUUCUCAAUCAUCGGAAGAUCGAGAUGCAGGCGUUUGACCUUAUUGCAGCAAUGUUCCGAUAUCUGCCGUUUGGUGUUUAUAAGGAGUAA